AUGGCGAACAAAGCGGAUAAUGCAAUAGUGAUAAGUAGGAUAAAAACAGUGAUUGACUGGUCCCAGGCUGUGUUGUGGGCGGAUGAACGGCUUUUACUGCAGGUUCCUGACUUGGUGCGCUCGGUAAGCGCCGAUCGAGUACUCGCUCUUCGUCAACAAACACAAGUACUGUGGGAACGAUAUUUUUCGUCUAUUGAAAAAAUUGUUUUCACUACUUUAGAAAUAAUCCGUGAGCGUUUACCAGGAGAACCUGUUCGAUCGGGUCUAGUAUGGAAUACGAAUCCUGGCGCACUUUUGACUUUAACCAGAUUCUCAGAUUCGUGGGCACGAUAUCCAUUCUACCUGGACGCUUUAGGAGCUUCACCAAGCGCGGGAUUCACAGCAGUAAUUUAUUGCCAGCUUGGUGCUGUUACUGGUGGUGCACCAGCUUCCGUUCUUCAGCGGCUUAUUCGAAAUGUUGCUCGAAGCAAAAGUGUGCAGAGGAUUAUUAUAGUCUGGGCAAAUGAAAAAAGUCCACCUGCUAGAAAUCGAUGGCCUCCAACGCCAACAUCUGUACCACUAAAUAUUUUACAAGCUCCUGUUACCCUUAUUUAUUCAGAUGAUAUCAGUGGUGGUAGUGGAGGUAUAUCGAGGCGUUUCUUACCACAUCCUUUAAUAACGACUGACGCAAUUUUAUCAUUAGAUGAAGAUGCCCUUUUAACAACUGAUGAAGUAGAUUUUGCAUUUUCUGUUUGGAGAAAUUUUCCAGAUAGGAUAGUUGGAUAUCCUGCCCGUGCUCAUUAUUGGGAUGAUGCCAAGAGUACAUGGGGUUAUACAUCCAAAUGGACCAACGAGUAUUCAAUAGUAUUAACUGGGGCUGCUUUUUAUCAUAGAUAUUACAAUGAAUUAUAUACGCGUUGGUUAAGUCCUCUUCUUCACAAAACUGUAGAGCAAAGCGAUAAUUGUGAGGACAUACUGAUGAAUUUUUUGGUAGCUCAUGUCACCAGAAGACCACCUAUCAAAGUGACGCAGCGUAAACAGUACAAGGAGGCUCCAGCUGGAGGCGCAAGGUCCCCAUGGAACGAUCCCGAUCAUUUCAUUCAACGCCAGAGCUGUUUGAACACGUUCGCUGCGGUGUUUGGUUACAUGCCAUUACUUCGUUCUAGUCUUCGUCUGGAUCCUGUGCUUUUUAAGGACCCUGUUUCAAAUCUACGCAAAAAAUACCGGCAGAUCGAAUUAGUCGGCAGUUAGCGAUAGAGACAAGUGCAGGAACUAAUAGUGAGGUGAGAUGAUACAAAGAACAUUUGAUGAGAAACUUUAUAGUCAAUAUUUAUAAGACAUGAAUAAAAUAUUCCAUAUAAUAUGUUUUCUACUAAGUAUUUGUAAUAUUCAAGAAAUUCUUUUCUACGCUUUUUUUCAAUGUUUGGACGUUUUAUUAUAUUGGCCAUGAAGGUGACAAUCUUUGUGGUAUUCAGCUUUUACACAGUCCCAUUAAAACUCCACUAUCCCCUCUGCCAGGGGCAGCAACCAUCCCGUGUAAAAGCUCAAUACCAUGAAGAUUGUCACCUUCAUGGCCAAUAUAAUAAAACGAAAAUUCGUCCGAACUUGAACUGUAGUAGAUUUCUUUAUUAUUUUUUCCAAGUGCAAUCUGGUGACCCAAAUUUACUUAUUUAUUUUGAAUUUUUUUUUCAUUG